UCUCGAGAAGCAUUAUAAACUAGUUCGGGGGGAAAGUGGCAUCGGUCUUUCAGGCUUCACAGUGGAACCAUGAUGGACUACAGCGACUUUGAAGACCACUACGUAGGGGAGUACCUUAUGAAGCAGAAGGCGACAAAGAAAGACGCUCCAUUUAACUGCAGACUGCCCUCGGGUCGGACUCUUGUAGGACUCUCGCUGCUUUCUGGAGCCCUCGCCUUCAUCUGCAUCAUCACUAUCACCACACUAACGCUGCACAACAGUAGACUGCACCCCGAGCCAAGACGUGACUCUGACGAUGUGUCGACCGAGCUCGCGGACAAGACGACUGCCUCGGUCAUCACGGAUUUCGACGAAUCUACAGAAGUCUCACCUGUUCCGGACACCGCGCGGCCUGCAAAUAUGUCUGGCGUCACGACCAUAAUGGGUGAUCAGGAUCGACGCGAACGAAUCCAGCCUGAAGAUGGCACGCCCAGUCAAAGUUUCGCCGCAGCCUCGAACACCUCCAAGGAAGACUGGUGAAGCAUCAGUUAUCUGUGACAAAAGUAUACAAAAAAUACGACUGCAAAAAGAAAAAAAAAGCAGAGAAAGAGAGAGAGAAAACGAAUAAAUGAUUGAUCACCAAU